CUGAUGCAGCUCCAUGCCGUUCCCUUGGGUCCUGUUGCUGUCACACAGCAGAGCUCAGCGCUGCCCCUCCACUCCUUGUGAGGAGCUGCAGCUGCUGUGAGGACCCCUCAGCUCCUCUGCUCCGGGCUGAGCAAACACAGGGACCUCAGCUGCUCCUCAUACAUCUUGCCUUCUGGACUCCUUGUAGGCCUCUUUGUACCCCUUCUUCGGACACUAUUAAACAGUUUCCUUAUGCUGUGGCACCCAAACUGCGCCCAGUGCUGAAGGAGAGGCCUCACAGCUCAGAGCAGAGCAGCACAAGCUCUCCCUUUACCCAGUGGCGGUGCUGGGCCUGCAGCACCCAGGCUAUGGUUGGCCCUUCUGGCUGCUGGGCACACUGCUGGCUCAUUUUCAGCUUGCUGUCAACCAAGCUUAAUUUGGUUAACUGUGACAGCAAUUUUUCUUUAUUUCUUAAAUAAACUCAUAAAUAUCCAAAAUAAAUUCAUAAACAAACACUUGUGGAUGCAAACUUGAUCAGUGAUGCAGUAACUAGUUUUCUAUUGCACUCAUUUUUUUCUUCAGGCUUAAGCCUAUCAGCCACGUGGCUGUAUUCUUAGCUGUCACCUUCUAAGGGAGUGUUUUUCAGCCCCAUGGGCCUAAGUAACUUUCUGCUAAACGUUUAUGUAUGAGGAUACCCUUCUUACAAAGCUGAAUGCAGAUUUCAAGCCUGUUACUUGGGUUUGUCACCUUGCUUCCUGCUGUUGGAAUAUAUCCUUAUUUCUUGAGUAAGGCAACACUGACAUACAGUUUGAACUGUACGUUGUUAUAAAUUUGUGUGCAUUUUUUCAGUCUUUGCAGUUAACAAUGAUAUGAAAAAUAAUCCUGAAUUCAAAUUAAACAUUUGCUCAGGAAAAGGAAAUAAAGACCGAUUUUAUAUACUGAUAGUCUCAGUAGAGUAAUGAAAACACUUAAGCAGCUGAAGCGGAAAAGUACCAAAUACUGAACUACUGGUGUUAAGGGCUUUCUGCACAAACUGUUCUACGAGCCAGUCAGCUCAAAGCAUUGUGAUGUGCUUAGGAAUCCCUGAGCUUGCUGCUUCCUGCUGCUUGUGAGGCACAGAGGAUGUAGGGGGCCUCCCGAGAGGCAAGACUUGGCAUUUCCUUUGGUUGAGCUUCAUGAGAUUCAUGCUGGCUCGUUUCUCCAGCCUACUCAUGUUGCACUGAAUGGCAACACAAUGAUCAACCGUUCCUCUCCAUGCCAUUCAAUGCCUGCAGUGUGAGCACUGAAGAGAUGUGAGGUCUCCACCUGUGUUCUGAAGGAAAUCAUGGUGGCCUUCAGGUUCAAGUGAGGAAGCUGCAUGAUAAUUAUGAAACUUCACAGUCAAGAAGAGCCAGAACAGAGUUGUUGCAGGAGCUUUACAGGCACACUACGUGUAAAAGGUGAUAAAGCUAUUGUAGCAGAGAUGCCAAAUGAGUUCCAACAUUUGUAAACCUAAGGAGAUAUUUAUGCCAGAACAGGUCUUUGUGGGGGACUUAUCACAUGUUGUUCUGUUUUGUGCAAACAGCCAUCACUGCCAAAAAGAGAAAGAGCUGACCUGAGAAAGUGUUUCAGAGAAAGAAAAACAAAUGAGUUAAGACUAUUUCUAAAUGACUGUAGAUGGUCCUGCAAGGACUUGCUCCCUGGUCACACGCUGUUUCAUAUACUUGAAAAUGAUUGUGACAGGGACUGGAGAGUGAAACAGUAACAACAACCACAACUAACAAUUAACUUUUCCAGGCCUGCAAAAACAAAGGUUGGUGAUAAAAUACUACUGAAGACCUUCACAAAACUUGCUGAGUGCACUUUGCAACUGAAAUGCAGUAAUUGAAUAAAUAAAUGGAUAGGAAUAAGAAAAGCAAUUUGAUAGGCUCUGCACCUAGUGAUCAUUGCUAAUCAGACAUCAAAACCCAUCUUUGAUAGCCAGGCCCAUGAAAACACCAGCUUUCUGCUGUACAAAAUCUAAAUGCUGGAAAUUGGUAGAGGAUAACAAGGGAAAGCUUGACAAAUUAUUCUGUCAUAGACAUCUGUGGUGUCGCCAUGUGUGUUCUGUUGAAUGACUGCUUACAUUAAAAAGAUGCAGUAGAACUGGAAAAGUCAGUUCAAUGGUGAGGAAUCCUCAACACUCACCUUUGGACUGCUUGGGUGUUUCAGAAAGUCUUACAGUGACUGCACAGUUCUUAAUACCCUUCUCCUGCAUGUUCUGGCUUUUGGCCGUUGUUGGAGGUGGGCAGCUCUGAAGAGUCAAGCUAUAACACAGUGCUGUUCUUGUGUUGAUCUAAAACGAUGCUUCUGAGUGCUGGCAAAAGAGGGAAUAGAGAUUAGAAAGAGAGAGACAUUAGAGAAAGAGAGCACAUAGCACAGAGGGCUCUCAAGGUAGGACCUGCUCAGAAAGGAGGAGGGUUACAGCAAGCCAGCAGAUCUCCUCAGCAGUGGGCUUGGAGCAGGUGACCUCCAGAGGUUUCUUCCAAGCUCAGCCCUUCAUUGUUUCUACAUCAAAGUUUUGCGAAGAGUUCAAAACCAGCACUUGAACUGGCAGAUAUUGUUAGCCACCAAAAACCAAAAUUAAUGUGCAGAUCCUCUUCUCAAAGUCUCUGCUUGCUCAAGGUGAGCCGUGGGGCAUUAUGCGUAGGCUGAGCCUGACAAGAGCCUACAGAGGAAGGACUUUGCAAUACACAUUCCCAUAUUUAUCCCACAGAACUCGUCACAAGCUGUAGCCUUAUAUGGAUACGUUUUCAACAUGCCACCUCUGCUUAUCUCAGCAAGGGAGUGUUCAAGUCACAGCUGAGAUAUGCAGACUUCACAGCCUGUGGUUGGUUUCUUAUAGGGAAGGACAGGCUCUGUCUGGCCAACACCCAAUGCUUGCUGCACAGCCCGUACUACCGCCCCUUCCUUGGUUAUAAGCAAGAGAUCAACACAGGUGAGUUUUUCUAGUUUACCACCUCUGCUGAUCUUCUACUGAAUGUGCAUUUAAUUUUUAAAGGGCAGUGCCGGGAAUACUGUGCACAGUCAGACUUUGCAGCCAGCUGAUAGACCCAGUGCUGCACUGACAGGUGCACAGAGAUCAUCCAGAUCUCACCGGUAGAGGACGUGUCUUUGGGAAGUGGUGAAAGCUUUCCCUUGGUCAUUCACCAUGCUGUCUACAGUUGGUUCUCCUUUUGCAGCUAAUAGUCACUCAUUGUUUUGGAAGGUGGGAAAUUGCAGGAGAGAAGAACCCAGCACCAACAAUGGCCAGUGGGAAUGAAAGGUUUGAGUCAAAGAGAUGCAACAGGACAGAACAAAUCACCCACAAACGAAGGAAUGAAGACCUCCUGACAUUCUACCUACGUCAUCAGGAUGCACUAAGAAGUCCUUGUGCAUGCCACCAAAGCAACAUUUUUACUCUACCGUGUUCUGACGCUAUAAGGAGAGACAUCCAAGUGCUUCAGGAGUUCAUCAGGAAGUAUGAGCCCCAUGGAGCUGUUGUUACCAAAGAAGAAGUUGUUAUUGUGAGUGAAGACACUGAUGUUUGCAAACAAACAUCACCAAAGAACCUCAGCAUAGCUGUAACCCUAAUGAAAGAGCACAGGGUAGAAGCAGGAAGCAGAGACUGCCCAGAAUCCCAUAGCACAAACCUUGGGGAGCCUCCAGAAGGCAGGCCACGGUCACAGCCUCCAGCUCCAAGGGACCAAAGGGAACCGAAGGAUUUGGGUCUUCCCCCUGAUGAUUUUAGCAAGAAGGUCUAUGGGCUGGCAGCCACUUAUCUCGCAAUAGCAGUGGGAUUUCUGGGCUGGUCCAGGCUACGGCUCCAGCUGGGGAACUAUUACUGGAUAUCCCUCACUUUUGUGAUGUGCAUUGCUCUUAUCCUCCUGAGCUCUGCAGCCAGCCAAAUGGGUUCCGUGAAUGCCUUUUACAGCUUGACAGGGACAGCAACUGGAAGUGCAAUACUUGGAAUUAUUUCAGCCUCCUAUGAGUCAGAGACAGUGAUGUUAGCUGGAGGAAUAACUGCAGCUGCAACCCUGUUACUAUAUUUAUUUGCUCAGAACACAAAUAAACCUCCAAUGAACUUCACCAUAACGAGCACUUUGAGCAUCCUGUGGGUUGCUGGGGCAAUUGCCUGUGUCAUUAUAAACUCAUACAAGUUCCAGGCUUUGUAUGCUCUGUUUGGAAUUCUGUUCUUUGCUACUGAUCUAACAAAGACAGUGACUGAGCUCCAAAGUCAGCCCAUGGAAGUGCAGCAUUCUGCAGACCAUACCGAGGCAGCACAAGGACUUUUCAUACCCAUUGCUAUGAUCUUCUUCUUUACUUUGCUAUUAGUUGGUUGAACACACAGCAAAGCC